AUGUCUGAGGAGUCCGCAAGCAAAUCACAGGGCACCGCAUUUGUGUCUGAAGCCUUACCUUGGGCAGCCGUUCCAGCUGGCCAGGAAGCCCUGCAGCAUGAAGAAGUUUCUGAGAAGCCUGUAACACACAUUACUGGAACACCAGAUGGAGGAUUGACCGCGUGGCUGGUCGUUGUUGCUGUUAACUUGACUUUAUUUUCUACGUUCGGUAUAGCUAAUACAUGGGGGGUCUUUCAAGUGUAUUACGAGGAAAAUCUACUACGUCAGACUUCUCCUUCAAACAUAGCAUGGAUCGGUUCUGCGCAGUACGCGCUCAUAUACUUUCCAGCACUUGCGACAGGACGAAUGUUUGACCUAGGAUACUUCAGAAUACCCUUCUUGGCCGCUAGCUGUGUUAUCGUCGUAUCCGCCUUCCUAAUUGCGGAAUGCACUCAAUUUUGGCACUUCUUUCUUGUACAAGGUUUCAGUCUGGGAAUCUGCUGUGGUAUCAUAGUUGGACCGGCACUUGUUGUCAUUUCGCAUUGGUUCGACAGGAAAUGUGGUCUCGCUAUGUCAUUAGCCGCCGUUGGCGCUUCGUCUGGCAGUACUGUGUUUCCUGCAGCAGCUCAAAAAUUAAUUCCAUUAAUCGGAUUUCAAUGGACGAUGCGUGUAUUUGGAUUCAUUCUACUUGCUACACUUGGGAUGGCCAAUAUAUUACUGAAACGACGUCUUCCACCCGUCAAUGUUCGUGGGGGACUCUUCAAUCUUAAAGCAUUCCGCAACACAGCAUAUACCAUUUGUUGCAUUUCAGGAAUGCUUGGAUUUUUAGGACUCUACACAGAGCUAACAUAUAUCUCUGUGAGUGCCAUAGCAAUUGGCGUCUCCAAAAACUUUGCAUUCUAUAUAAUCGCGAUUGCCAAUGGAGCAUCUACAUUUGGACGUCUGUCAUCUGGACUACUGGCAGAUAAAAUUGGCGUACUCAAUACUAUGGCGGCUUUUACCGCGAUGGCAGGCAUUACGACAUUCGCUUGGCCAUUUGCUACAAAUGAAUCACAGAUUAUUGCAAUAGCCACCAUCUACGGAUUCUCCUCGGGAGGAUUCCUAGCUCUCUUCGCUUUAGCUGCCGUGGCAUUGGGAGAUAUAGAGGAUGCAGGCCGCCGAGUGGGGAUGUUCAUGUCCCUCGCUGCUUUUGGAGCUAUUGCAGGUCCCUCCGAUAUCAGGGGCCAUCAGUACUGCAUCAGGAGGGUUUGUUGA